AUGGGGCAGUAUGAGCAUGUUGCAUUAAACACUACCGUGACUGCUGAGCCUACCUGUUACUCUCAGGCGGUUAAAUAUUCCGAAUGGCGGGAUGCGAUGGACUUAGAAUUUAAUGCACUGUGGGUGUUUAGAACCAAGAGAAAAUUUGAUGGUUCAAUUGAGCGGCACAAAGCUCGGUUAGUUACCAAGGGUUUUAAUCAGGUUACUGGGGAGGACUUCUUUGAGACUUUCAGUCCUGUGGUUAAGCCGACCACGCGGUACAUGAAUGAUAUUCUCAAGCGAGCAGGUAUGGUGGAUUGCAAGCCCGUGUCCACGCCUAUUUCAACCACCAAAGCCGUGAGUGGUGCUGAGGUGCCGUAUGCUGACCCCACUCAGUAUCGCAGUCUUGCAGGUGCUCUACAGUAUCUUAUGGUAACUCGUCCUGAUCUAUCUUAUGUAGUCAAUCGUCUGUGUCAGCACAUGCAUUCUCCUACUACUACUGACUGGGCAACACUCAAGAGGGUGUUACGGUAUGUUAACGGGACACUCAAUCUUGGUCUUCAUAUGUCAUCGUCUGCCUGUCUUGACAUUCAUGCAUAUUCUGAUGCGGAUUGGGCUGGUGAUCCGGAUGACCGGAAGUCAACCAGUGGUUUUGCGGUGUUUUUGGAGAACAAUCUUAUCUCCUGGGUACGUCGCAAACAUCGCAUUGUGGCUCGUUCCUCGACUGAAGCUGAAUACAAGGGGCUGGCUGAUGUUUCUGCUGAGGUCACUUGGCUCGUCUCUCUGAUGAAGGAGAUUGAUAUUUCUCCUACUUCUGCGCCUAAACUCUGGUGUGGUGAGCAACUGAAGAUACGCACUUCAUGGACAGCUGAGAACCCAGGUCGUAGAUUUUGGCAAUGCGUGGGUGGUAAUAGGAAGGUGGGAUGUGGUUUUAUUGAUUGGUAUGAUACUCCAAUGUGCUAUCGUUCAAAGCGAAUAAUUCCAGGAUUGCUAAAACGCAUCAACCGACAAGAUGAAGAGAUACGAAAAUUGAAUUCGAAACUUAGAAGUGAACAAGGUUUGAAGUCCAUGAACAAGGUGUUAGUAGUCUUGAUUGUGUUAUUUGUAGCAGUAGUUGGUAGUAGGGUUUGGUAA